AUGUCAGUGGAUAGCAUCAAAAAGCUGAAAGCUAAUGUUCGAGUAACGCAAUUCCUGUCAAAGGAAGAACUAAAAAACGUUGAUGAAGCUUUUAAAUAUAGUUUAGAGACUGAAUGUAUGGAGCUAGAUCCCUCAAAAGAAAAAAAGUUGGUCAGAAAAAUUGAUUUCUUUAUUUUACCCGUAAUGUGCAUAUUGAUGUCUUGUCAGCUCAUGGAUAAAUCUACGAACUCUUACGCAUCAAUUGUUGGCUUAAGAACGGAUUUAAAUAUGACCUCUCAGGAAUAUUCUUGGGUUGGGAGCUCUUUUUACCUUGGUUACUUAGUCUUCGAGUAUCCUGCCAAUAUGUUAUUGCAAAGGUUCCCACUUUCAAAAACCUUAGCGCUCGCGGUUGUCUGCUGGGGAGUUAUUAUCUGCUGUCAUGGAGGGUGUCAGUCACCCGCGAGCUUCUUACUUUGUCGUACACUAUUAGGUGUAUUUGAGGCCUUUAUGGAUCCUGCGUAUAUGAUUAUGACAUCUCAAUGGUACCGUAAGGAAGAACAAUAUAUCAGAUGUGGUAUUUGGCUCGGCUUACAAGGCUUUGGAACAAUGCUAGGCUCUGGUAUAGCAUAUGGAUUCUACAAAUACGAAAGUUCGUAUUCUUUUGCUCCAUGGAGACUACUUUUUAUCGUUACUGGAGUGAUCACUAUUUUUUUUGGUCUAGUUUCCUUUAUUCAUGUGCCUGAUAUACCAACUAAAGCCUGGUUCUUAAAUGAGGAGGAAAAGAAGUAUGCAGUUGAGAGAAUUAGAAAAAACAAGACUGGUUUUGGAAGUAAGAUUUAUAAGCCUAAACAAGUAAAGGAAGCGCUUGCAGACCCUUGCAACUAUUUGUUCUUUUUCUAUAUGUGCGGAUAUGGGAUUACCAAUGGGUCACUUGGGAAUUUCGGCUCAAUUUUAUUAAAUGAAGAAUUUGAAUUCCCUACGGGCCAAGCUUUACUUUUAAACAUGGUUGGCAGUGGAGUGGAUAUAGUUUUCCCAGUGUUCUUUGCAUACGUGAACAAAGUUUUAAUUCCAAGCAGAUUAGCAACGAGUUUCCUUAUAAACAGUAUUAUUUAUAUUGGAAUAUGCUUGAUAGCAUUUGCUCCACAAAAAGGUGCGAAGUUAACAGGAUACUUCGUCACCUUUUUGACUACUGCGAGCUGGGCUUGCAUGAGCUCUAUUGUGUCUUCCAAUGUGGCUGGUCAUACAAAGAAGAUUACCGUCAAUACUACUUUCUUGAUUGGGUUUUGUGUUGGUAACAUUAUUGGUCCACAAGCUUUCAUAGGCAGUGAAGCUCCAAUUUAUAUUACUGCUAAAAGAGUUAUGACAGGCACCUAUACUUUAACCGUUGUCAGUGCGGGCUCGCUAUUAAUUAUUUAUUAUCUCAGAAAUAAGAAAAAAGACCAAUUGCAGGAUAAGAGCAGUUUCGAAGAUAACUCCUACUUGUCUUUCGGAGAUCAAACUGAUCAAGAAAAUCCAUCAUUUAGAUAUAUCCUCUGA